AUGUCUUCUCAACCAUUCUUCCAAUUGAGACCGGAAUUACAAUUGCAAGAACGGGAUUCUCAAGCUGGUACUUCCUUCACAGAUGACAUUGAGAUUGUCUCGUCAGCAUCUGCAUCUGCAUCCGCAUCCACCUCAGCCUCAGCCUCAGCCUCUCAAGAACCAUACACAGGAUUACCACAGCAGGAUAUUGUUGCUUCUAAGCAUGGUGCAGCUACUCUUACUCUUACUCUUACUGAAAAUGAAAGAUAUUUGGUUGAAAGAUUACCUGUACCAAAUAUAUUCGAUCAAAUAGAUCAACAGCAACAGCAAUCUCCUUCCAUGGUAAAUGCCACCAUCGAUACACAAACAUCCCCGGGUUCUAACAAGGUUUUAAUAAACGAUAAUAAAACCCUUUUUAUAUGGACUUUACCAUCAAAUCAUCAACAACAGUCAUAUGCUAACGGAUUUUCAUCAGAUGAGGAAAACAACCACAUAACGAAAAUUUCCUUACAUGAUAAUUAUGAUGAUACAACAACUAAUAAUGUCGAUCAACAAACAGACAAUUGUUUUCCAAUAUGUCAAUUGACAUGGCCUAUAACCAUUGAUCCAUCGACACAAUCUUUCGUAAAUAAUAACGAUAUUAACUCGGGAAUACUCAUCUAUUAUCCUUCCAAUGAUAUAUUAACAUAUUAUCAAGAUAUUGAAUCAAUUGAUAACUUGAAAUUAUCAAAUAACUUGAAAUCAUCUUUAUCAUUAUAUCAGUCUAUCAAAUUGGGAUUAAAUAAAUCAGAAAAUGAAAAAAUAAAAUUGAUCUUAAAUACUGAACCUUCAGGUAUAAUCAUAUCCACUUCUUUAAAUAAUGUUUUCUUCAUCACUUUAAGAGAUUCAAUGGGUAAAUCAAAUUUGAAAAUAAAACAAAAAUUAUAUCAUCAAAAUUUUCGUAGUAAGACAAAUUUUAUUCUAUCUCAUAUCUUACCAAAAUCUCUCUUAAAUUUUUCAUUGAAUAGAAAUUUGACAAAUAAUAUAGUCUCUUUGAAAAAUGGUCCAAUAUUAGGUAGAGGUGAAAGAUUAUUCUAUAUGACUACUUCAAUGGGCCACUUCCAAUCAUGGAAAUUACAAAAUAGUUUAUCAUUACACUCAAUCAAAAUUGUCGAUGUAAAUAUUUAUGAUGAUAUUUUAAAUUCAUUGCAAGAUUUAUAUCCAUUCGCUAACGGAACUUUAAGAAUUUUAGAUUCUCAUCCAAUUAACAUCACGAGUGAUGACAAUAACACCAAUACAAUGGUUCAAAUGUUAUUAUCGUCUAUCUAUAACUAUGAAACAAAUGAAACCUAUUAUAUCUUAUCCACCAUUAUUAUCAACAUAAUUACAAAUGAAGUAACGAUUUUUUCCACUUAUAGAUUAAACACUUAUACUUCAACAUUAUCAGAAGAUUUCAAAUAUAAAUUUCCCAAAAAUAUAUAUUCCAACCAAAAUGAAACCGCAAAUAAUAAUAAUAAUAAUAAUAAUAAUAAUAAUGUCAUAUCUAUCAUGAUAUCUUUCCCAAAUGCUAUAGUAUUAACACAAAUAAGUUCAAAAUUAGAUCCAUCAUUCACUUUGAAAAGAAAAUGGGAAGAUAUAAUUAGUUUAAAUGAUCAAAAUAUUAAUAUCUGGGGGGUCCCAUCUUUGGAUAAUAAUGGGAAAGAUUUAUACGUUUUAACUAAGAAAUUCGGUAUCAUUAAAAUUCAUUUGAAAGAAGAAAAUAUAGAAGCAAUAAAUGAUAAUAUUAGCUUUAUUAAGUCACAUAUUGAUCAAGCUAUUUAUUUCACGAAUUCAAAUUCAAUUGAUACAAUUCAAUUCAAUUUACCAAAUGAUAUAACUAUUAACACCUCUAAAGAUAAUAUUGAAUCAAUUGAAUCAGAUUUGUUAACUUCAAUGAAUGAAAUCUUAUUCCCUCAAGAUAACAAAUUUAUACCAACGUCGUCAUCAUCAUCUUAUUCGUCGCUUGACACUCAACAACAAGAUAAUAAUAAUAAUAAUAAUAAUAGAUUCUUAUUAUUAAAUCUGCAAAUAAGAUUGAAUUAUUAUAAAAAUUUAUUAGACUUUACACAAAUUAACUUUAAUGAUAAAAUUUCCCAAAAGGUUAAAUUUACACUAAUAUCAAAUUACGAAACUUUAAAUUGUUCUCUUCAUUUAAUGAAAUUCUUAUAUCAAGAUGACAAGAAUAGAAAAUACCUUCAACAACAAUGGAUCAAAUAUUUAAACUCACAAAAUGAAAAUGAAUACAAUUUAUUAAUAAAUAAAAUAGAUCAAUUCCCAAAAAUUUUCAUUAAUUUUAUCUACGCUUUACUUUUCGCCACUCAACAAGUACAACAAAAGCAAGAACAAAAUUUCAUGAAUAAUUCAAGUAUCGCUAAUCUUCUAAUCACCACCAUUUAUCAUUCAGUAUUAGAAGAAGGAGAGAAUGAAGUUAAAUUAACUCAAUUUAAUAUGGAUUCUAAUAAUGACCAAUCAAUAUUACCAUUACCAUGGUUCAUUAAUAUCAAAUUAUUGAAAAGUAUUAAUGAAAUCUUGUUCAACUUGAAAUUUUCAUACGAUGCUGAAUAUACAGACCUACAGCAAGAACAACAACAACAAGAAGAAAAUUUGAAAGAUUUGAGUUUAUCCUUAGUGAAAACGUUAUAUUAUACAUUUAAUAAAUUGAAAAAUUGGGUAAUGAUUGAUCCAACAGAAAGAAUAACUUUAGAAAAGGUAUUCGAAUUAAAUGAAAUAUAUUCCUCUAAUCAUUUAAACUGGAAUCAUAUCCUUUGUCAAUUGAACGAAAAUAUUGAAUCACUAAAGAUUACUGAAUAUUAUACAGAUUUAGAAUCAUUAAUUGAAACUUUAUCAUCAUCAAAGACCAAAAUUUUAGACAUCGAUCAGUUGUAUAUGAAAUAUUUGACUAAAUUCGCAUACCCAUUCGCUAAGACUUUAUUUUUAUAUUUAAUUAAUAAUAGAGAAUUGGAAACAUUAUAUAGUUCUCCAUUAACUAACACACACACAGAGGAAGCUCAAUUGUUCUUGACUUCUUAUAAAGAUUACCUACAACAAUUUUUCUACCAGAUGAAAAAGGAUAACAAGUUUGGUAACGUUUCAUGGAUUCAUGAUGUAUUAACUAAUAAUUAUAAGGAUGCUAUGGUUACUUUGAAUACCAUUUCUAAACCAAAUGAAUUACUAGACACUAAUACGUUACAUUUAAACAUUGCUAAAUUAAGUGGGAUGGUAGAUGCUUCAAACGAUGAUUCAAUUGAAAUUGAUGAACUGAAUUAUAAUAAUAAUAAUAAUAAUAAUAAUAAUAACAAUCAUGUACACAAUGAAAAUAUGGAAACUUUAAAUGAAAUACAAAAUAAAUUGGAUUUAAUUGAUGGUAUGAAAGAUAUAAUAGAUGGUAUAAAGACAAAUCGUUAUAAAUUAAACGAUAAAUUCAUUAAUACUGAAUUAAAUAAACCAUACUUCCAAAAAUUACUCUCAAUUUUACAAAAUGACAAUAAGACAAUUGAAUUCAACGAAUUAAUUGAAAUGUACAGUAUGUUAAAUAGUUGGCAAUCAAUUUAUUUCGGAAUGAGAUUAUUGGCUUUCAGUUCUGCUGUUUAUUAUGUCGAUUUUGAAAGUAAAACAAUCUUAGAAUCCAUGCUUUGGAGAAGAUGUAUCUUAUUAAAUUCAGUAGAUGAGUUCAUACAAAGUGAAGAAAAAGGAAUUUUGAUAAUAUCGCCAUUUAUCAUUUAUUACAAAAAUAUUUUGAAGAUGAAUUAUAUUAUAAUAAAAAUAUCAAUCCACCACAUUUAA